UUGCAGUGUGCUACAGGUUAUGGUUUCAUUUUAACCAGUGAAAGCUCUGAUGGUGCCAAAUGUAUCACACCUAAAAAAGUACACACACACACACACACACUGGGUGAUGCUCCUGUGUUUGACAGCUUGUGAAAAACAGGACAUAGAACCUGCUGAAUUAAAAAGAACAAGAGAAGGUACACAGAACACAGUGCUUACACUAUUUGUUAAAUAUGCGUAUCAUAUUUUGGCUCAGAUGGGUAAAGGAAGAUGACUUUGCAGCAACUAGUGUCUCAUUUCACAGCAACUGUGAGAUCCUGAGAGUCCUCUCUUUGGAGCUGAAGACAGACUGCAGCUGUUGUGAGUUCAGUUUCAUGAGGUCUGGACCCAAUCCCGGAACUUUGUUUUUCAUUUUUCAUGGUUUUGAACGUUAUGCUCUUUCCUUUUCCUUUUUUUUUUCUUCCUGCGAGUACUUCAACAUUAAAUAGUAAAAAAACAAAAUGACAGAUUGUGAUUUUGGUGUCCUGUAUGGUCUGAGGUUGCGACUAAUUGCUUGUUAACGGAAGCUGAUUUGUUGUUUUUAGAAACAAAAUCAUUGUUCGAGUGCCAGAGCGAGCAUUUUCUGUCCCAUGGAGACAUCAUAAAAGAUAUUUUAUUUCCUACUGUCAGCAUUAUUGGUGCCAGUGUACAAAGCUGACAGCUUGGGUAAGACUAAAAGCCCAGUGGUUUGGAGUGGACUGACCUCAUACUAUGAUGCUUUUACACUUUCUAAUCGCAUUGACUCAACAGGCCACCUGCUUCACUCCGUCUUUCCUUCUUUACCUUAAAAUCUUCACUGUGUCAUGCACCGUGCCAAAAAAUGUGCGCUUGCAUUGUGUUCAUGUUGAAGUUGGCCAGUUCAUCUACAUCUUGUUAUCAUCACGCACUUGCUGGGAAGUUUAAUAAAAAAACAGAAACAUGAUACAGACAGACAGACAUAAAGACAGCACAUUUUCUGCAUAUGGGUAAUGAUCUGCAGUCCAUAUCUGAUUCAUGGGUCGUGUUUGUGUUUGCAGAGGUGAAGGACUACGAGCCGGCAUAUGGCUCUAAAGUACGAGAGCACCCCUGUGUGGAGAGCAUGAAAGACAACGUGCUGAGAGACAGAGGGAGACCCGAGAUCCCCGACACCUGGCUCAGGCAUCAGGGCGUGGCGGUGAUCUGCGCCACCAUCAUGGAAUGCUGGGACCACGACCCAGAGGCCCGGCUCACCGCCCACUGCGUCGCAGAACGCAUCUACGAGCUGGAGGAUGAGAUGGACAAACUGUCCAGCCGCAGCUCCUCAGCAGAGAAGAUCCCGGAGGAGCUGAAGAUCCCCAUAGAGGUGGAGAUCCCAGAGGAGAUGGUGAAAAUCACAGAAAUACAGGACAUCAUAGCUGUGGACUGCUCCGUGAGCGACGAGAAGUGAGAAGAAGCUCAACGUUUUCAAGGACUCUAAGAGAGAUUUUCUUAACAAGAGGCACUUAUUCUACUCUGAUAAGAAAUCUCGACAGCGACGUUCAGGAGUUGAGCUCCUGGGUCCCAGGACUUUGAGUUGAGUCAUGGUGUCAUACCUUAUUCUAGCACAGCAAAGACAGACUCGGGUGAUGCUUUUGGACUUCACGCUUUAACAACUUGCCUUAAUCAGCUGAAAAGCAGAAGAGCCAAAAAGCCAAAGUUAACUGGAAGCUUCCACAGAUGUGCUGAGCAUGGAGACAGUAUUUUUUAAGAGUCAGACAGGCUUCUCUCUCUUUAUGAGAAACAAACAGGGCAAUAUCUAUAAAACCAAAGACUUUUGAUGUGCACUUUACCAUGUAAUACAGAUGUUUAUCAUGUUUAUAUGCUCAUGUAUUCUAACAUUUUGGAGUGUUUUUGCCUAAAAGUGCCUUUGUGUGUUCGACUUUGAGCCAGCAGAGAUGUUGCCUUAACACUAAUGAUGCUGUGGACUCCAUCCUCAACAGCAGGAAUCCAAAGGAAUGUGUGUUUGUGUGCGUCUGUGUGUGUGUGAAUGAGAUGUGUUUUUGUGGUGUUUUUACCCAGCUAUACUUAAACCGUGUUUGCCAGAUAAACAAGCACAAUGUACAUAGAGACAGCAACUGUACAUAAGAGACAAAUCAGCCAAAAAGGGAAAGUAAUCCUACUACUUAUCUUUGAAUGCAGAGAUGAAAAGACUUCAUAGAGAUGUAUUUUUUAAACCAUUUUGUAUGUUUUCUGUCUAUAUCAACAGGAAACUGAGGAGAGUGCCAAAGAUCUUUUACCCUGCCUUACAUAUAGUAUGUGUUAUAUGUAAAAUAUUGUAAAUCUUUUAUGAAUUAAAGAUAUUUCUGUAUACUGAGA